GGUACUUGAAGUAUCUUUAAAGAAGAAAGAAUGGGGUUCCUAUCUCGUUACGUGAUGAUGACGUCAGUGUUUUUUUGAGCCUGGGAGCCGAGGCCCUGCGACAGAGAGGAAGAAACCCCGUGCGUUGAUUGAUUCGCCCGGAUCGGGUUACAAGAUGGCGGAUGUUGUACAGUGGUGAAGGGAAAGGGAGGAAGGCUGGGCCUGCCCAUCUUCCACAAACUAUUUUCAUUUAAUCUUCCUUCUCUAUCGCCUUCCUUUAUUUAUUUGCAAUAACAUGUCGCACGACUGCUUAGUGGCGUUUUACACCAUUGUAAAAUCACGGCGGUGACGGUUUUUUCCUGGGGGGGAAGGAGGUGGAAAAACAAGAAGCGAAAGAGAAGGACCGCAACCCCCCGAAAGAAAACAAGAGGGAGCAAUAUCCCAGCGGAGGGAAGGAAUCAUGUCGGAUACUCGGAGACGGGUGAAAGUGUACACGCUGAACGAAGACCGGCAAUGGGACGACCGGGGCACGGGGCAUGUGUCCUCGACCUACGUCGAUCGGCUGAAUGGAAUGUCCUUGUUGGUCCGGGCCGAGUCCGACGGUUCACUUCUGUUAGAAUCGAAAAUCAAUCCAAAUACGGCGUACCAGAAACAGCAGGAUACUUUGAUUGUUUGGUCUGAAGCAGACAAUUACGACUUGGCACUCAGUUUCCAAGAAAAAGCUGGAUGUGAUGAAAUCUGGGAGAAAAUUUGUCAGGUCCAGGGACGAGAUCCGUCACUUGAUAUAACUCAGGACAUUAUUGAUGAGUCUGAAGAGGAGCGAUUUGAAGAAAUGCCUGAAACGACUCAUGCUGUUGAUCUUCCACCAUGUGAACUAAACAAACUGGAAGAGAUUGCCGACUUGGUAACCUCUGUUAUCUCCUCUCCUAUCCGCAGAGAGAAGUUAGCACUAGCUUUAGAAAAUGAGGGCUACAUUAAAAAGCUUUUGCAGCUAUUCCGAGUUUGUGAAGACCUUGACAACACAGAAGGUUUACAUCAUUUGUAUGAAAUUAUUAGAGGCAUUUUAUUCCUCAAUAAAGCAGCACUGUUUGAAGGGAUGUUUUCAGAUGAGUGCAUUAUGGAUGUGGUCGGGUGUUUGGAGUAUGAUCCUUCCUUACCUCAUCCUAGGAAACACCGAGAAUUUUUGACCAAAACAGCCAAAUUUAAAGAGGUUAUACCUAUCACAGACACUGAGCUGAAGCAAAAGAUCCACCAGACAUACCGGGUACAGUAUAUCCAGGAUAUCAUUUUACCUACUCCAUCUGUAUUUGAGGAGAACUUUCUUUCUACGUUGACCUCAUUUAUAUUCUUCAACAAAGUGGAAAUUGUUAGUAUGUUACAGGAAGAUGAGAAAUUUUUGACUGAACUCUUUGCACAAUUAACUGAUGAAGCAACAGAUGAUCAUAAGAGACAUGAAUUAGUGGACUUCUUAAAGGAAUUUUGUGCAUUCUCUCAAACACUGCAACCUCAGAAUCGGGAUGCAUUUUUCAAGACCCUGGCAAAUUUAGGGAUACUUCCUGCCCUUGAAAUAGUUCUGGGUAUGGAUGACAUGCAGGUGCGAGCUGCUGCUACAGACAUAUUUUCUUAUCUGGUAGAAUAUAGUCCAUCAAUGGUACGUGAGUUUGUAAUGCAGGAAGCUCAGCAGAGUGACGAUGACAUUCUUCUAAUUAAUGUAAUCAUCGAACAGAUGAUCUGUGAUGCUGACCCAGAACUUGGUGGAGCAGUUCAAUUAAUGGGGUUACUAAAGACAUUAAUUGAUCCUGAGAAUAUGUUAGCCACAGCAAAUAAAACUGAGAAGACAGAGUUCCUCAGCUUUUUCUACAAGCAUUGUAUGCAUGUUCUCAGUGCUCCUUUGCUGGCUAAUACAGAUGAAAAACGCAGCUAUAAAGAUGCUGUUGUAGAUGGAUCUAACAAGAAUAUUGCUUUUUGUUCUGAUAACUUCCAGACAGCACAAUUGUUGGCCUUGAUUUUAGAGCUGCUCACGUUCUGUGUAGAGCAUCACACAUAUCAUAUCAAGAACUACAUCAUGAACAAAGAUUUACUACGAAGGGUUUUGGUACUGAUGAAUUCAAAACAUACUUUUCUAGCCUUGUGUGCACUGCGUUUUAUGAGGAGAAUCAUUGGACUAAAGGAUGAAUUCUAUAAUCGUUACAUUACUAAAGGAAACCUCUUUGAGCCAGUUAUAAAUGCCUUUUUGGAUAAUGGAACCCGAUAUAAUCUGCUCAAUUCAGCAAUAAUUGAACUUUUUGAAUUUAUCAGAGUGGAGGAUAUCAAGUCACUCACAACGCAUAUAGUUGACAACUUCUACAAAGCACUUGAACAUAUAGAGUAUGUGCAAACGUUUAAAGGAUUGAAGUUAAGAUACGAGCAAGAAAGGGAUAGACUUCAAAAUCAGAAACUAAGCAGUGUGCCAUCCAUAUUGCGUAAUAACCGGUACCGGAGAGAUGCACGAGCUUUGGAUGAUGAUGAAGAGAUGUGGUUUAAUGAGGAAGAGGAAGAAGGAGAAGCUUUAGUACCGCAUGUUGAGAAAUCUAAAUCUGAGGAUGACUAUCCAGACAAUUAUGGGAAAUUUCUGGAGACAAAAAAGGCUAAAGAAAGUGAGGACAAGGAAAACCUUCCAAAGCGAUCAUCAAGUCCCAGCUUUAAGUUUACAUUUUCACACACUUGUCCAUCCAGUACAGCAAAUGGAACAAAUGGCACCAAUGGUAAAUCAACAGCAGCUCAGACUACUCCAGCCAGUUCUACUAGUUCUUCCUCAAAGCAUACAAGUCCAUCUACUGCAGUGACAGCAAAGGGAGGUCGUGUGGGUCUUGUAGAUUAUCCUGAUGAUGAGGAAGAGGAGGAGGAAGAAGAAGCAGCAUCACCAAGGAAACGACCUCGGCUAGGUUCAUAAUUGAUGCAUUGGCUUGAGUUGGGAUCUGAUACAAUGGUGCAACUGUUCCAUGAGCAUCAGGUCUGAAUCGGGAAAGGCUCCUUUACUGUGAAAACAGAAGAUGCAAAUAAGGAGUAGCAAACAGUGUGCUUCAACCAGAGGGCUUGAGUUCUACAUGGCAACAGUAUGCCAAUGAGGAACUGGAUCUCUCUGGAAUAAAGUUGGAAAGGCAAACUGGCCAAUAAGGCUGGUAGGACUAGCGGUUAGUACUUGGGAGUUGAUUGAGUUUCCCAAGUGGGGAAGAUAUUCUGAUUUGGGGUGGGUUAGGGAAAGCUUGAACAAGGCAGCAAGUGUUCCACCAAAAUUUUUGGUGUUCUUUUCCAGGAAACCAAAACUGGGACAUACAAACAGAGUAUCAUGUGCAAGCCUUUGCGUUCUGAAAUGAAUUAAGUGCAAUUCCACAUGUUAUAUCCUCUACCUUGUUUGCCUCCAAUUCCAUGUUUUUAAAUUGUGGGGUGGUGGGGAGGGAGGAAACUUGCCAAUAUAUUUCUACAUAGAAGGAUCUAAAGCUACUAUUGGGACCCUAAUGAUGAGAUUGCUGUCAUGUUCAUUGGAUCUUGGGACAUCCACUGGGCCUGUUUAGCAACUCUAAUCAAAAUGGUGAAUGGUUGGAAAAGCACAAGAAUACACACCUCAGUUAGAUACUGUACGACAGACUGUUUCACAAGCCAGUGUGGUAAAAGCUGAUGCUGGUGGUUGCAGCAAGAAGGCUCAUGAGAAAAGCUACUGUUCUUAGAUCAUUUGCAGAUUAUAUAUUGUGGAAGUUUUGGAUUGCAAUGUUCCCAGCCUGAACAUACUACUAAAUAGAGAAAAUUUUAUCCCAUAUGAUUUUUAUGUAUAUUUUUGGCUAUUGUAUUACAGAAUAACAUUUCAUUGUAGUUGAUAGAUAAUGGAGUUACCUUUAGGGAACACUAAUUUUUACGGGCAACUGACAUAAUGCUGGGAGCUUCAUAAAAAGCUGCACCAAAACAUGAAUUUAACAAGUCUGCCUUUGCCCUGUUAGUCACAUUGUUUUGGUGAAGUAGUAAUUAAGAUUCAAGCACAAUAAAAGGCUUGCUCAGUUCCAGAUGUUUUUAUUGCACAGUAUACUGUUUUGAUCAUUUUUAAUACAGUGGUUAACGCAGGUUGUUAAACCAGCUGUAGCCAAAUCAGCCAACUGGCCAUCUGAGAUAAGUCUGAGAAACCUCUUUUUCUAAAAAAAAAGUUUUUUUUUGAGGUCAUCAUUGCCCCUUGAUAUUUUUGGAGGUUUUGUAGCUCAACAUAAACAUUCUUUGGAAGAAGCGGGCUAUCUGUCAUGUAGAUACAAAGUAUAAUUUUUCCAUAAGACAGAAGUUUAUUUUGUAUGGAUGAAUAACCACCACUGUAACUGUUAUUUUACACUGUACACAUGUUGAUAUUAAUGAGGCAAUGUAAGAUUCAGGAAUUAAAAUGUGACCCUGUAAUUCCAUAAACAUAAUGCUGUUGUGUCUAUUUUCUGGUUAAAAAAAAAUGAACUUUUUUAAUGGUGCUGAAUUGUAAACUGAAAAUUGAUUAAUUUAUCCUUGGCCAGUUGAUGUUUUAAAAUUUUAUUUAUAGGAUUAUGCACAGUAUUUAAAAGAUAAGCCAAAGCAGCAACUAAAUGUGUUUAUGCUAAUCAAAAUUAAUUUUCAUUUUUGUCAUUUGGUUACUUUAUUUGGGUGACUGUCUAUUAUGUACUGGAUUAGUUUAAAAAUAUAUGAUUAACAUGCAUUUACAUCUUUUCUGUAAAGCUGGUAUAUUUGAAUUUUAGGUUUCAAUUGUGAUCCUCAUCACAAAUCACAGUACCAUUUUAAAUCUCCAAAGUGUUCAUGAAUAGUAACAACUUGAAUCUGUUGACUAGAUUCAACCUUGCAAACAAAAAUACUUAUAACUUUAAAAUAACAGUGAUGUUUGUGAUCAACUGUUGCUGUAUUGUAAUUUCAAUACCAUUUGAUUAAUUCAGUUUUUUUUAUAUUUAAGACAAAAGAAAUUUUAAGCUUGCCAUUGGCAAUGUGUAUCCCUCUGUGUUUGCCCUGUGAAUCAUUUGGAACUCUAUUGACAUUAGUUGACCUUUCUCCUGGAACAACCUUGUUUUUGGGCAAUCUUAAAAUGUGUUAUCAUAUUUUUGUAUCUCAAUGGAAAUAAUUCUCAAACAUGCUUGUUUCAUUUUUCAUUUCUUAAUACAUGGUCCAUAAUUUCUCAAAUAGUGGAAACAGCCUGCUCUCAGCAGCAGUUUAAGUGAAUUUGUUACAUUAAUCUUUUAUAUUAUAAACCCAGCAUUAGAAAUGAGUUCUGUUAAACCACUUGAUUAUAAUUAGUCCAUGAAAUUAAAUGCAUUUUUAACUCCAAAAGCAAAUACUGUAGCUCAAGAUAAUGGAGUAAGUUGAAAGAAAAAUCCUGAUUAGUAUUAUCUUCUGAUUGCACUUUAACUUCUCAUUAAUAGGAUUUUAUACAAUCCCAAACGUUAACACAUCUUAACAUUACAUUCCAAUCAAUUUUCAGACUGAUUUAUUUUCAUUAUCACUGCACUUUAUUGGAAAAAUUCUGAGCAUUGCUUACUUUUUAUAUUUUUUUAAAGGAUAUUGAGGUCCAAGCAAUGAUUUGCAUAUAUUCUGCUUUUGUUUUUUAAUUUCAAAAAAUGUGCAAAAUCCAGUUUAUUAAGUGUUUUCCCAAAAACAUAAAAUUGUUUUCGUACAUUGUAUUAUAGCUCUAUCGUAUUAGGAUGUUAAAUAAUUUCCCAGUUAAA